GAGAUAACAACCUUAACAGCAUAUAUCUUACUACUGUAUGAUCCUUAUCUGAUACACUUCCGAAUCCCGUUCAGCACAAACAAUGGCAACAUUGAAUCUACUACUAUAAGCUAUUAAGCUUCAAGGAAAAUAUGUUUGAGUUCCUGGAACAGAAAAGUAACUACAGGGCUCAUUAUUCCAAGAUCAAAUCUUUUUUUUUUUUCCUUGCAAAGUUCAGCGAGGAACUAGUGAUGUUUUUCGGGAAGAUGGGAUUUUUGGAUAAGUUAUCAAAGGCGAUAUUGUUGAUCGAAGAAAAGAAAGAGACCCUUCAUUGUGUGAUGGGCUUGUUGAUGCUUGAAUGGAAGGAGUUUGAGGUUCAUUUGGAAUCGACCAAGACCUGCUUGGAUGAAUGCUUCAGUGAACUCCAAACUAAAGAAGAGCGUUUGCAGUCGGUUCAAGAAUCAAUGCUUCGUGAUUUGGAAGAUCUUAGGUUCAGGAAUUUAUGUGUUGAAAAGGGGCUCAAGCAAUUAGGGGAGAAAGAAAGCUUGUUAUAUGGGGUAUUGGAGAAGAUAGAGAUGAAGAGGAAGGAAUUCAGUGAAAUUCAAUACUCUUUAGAUGAGAGGCUGAACCAUGUUGCUUUGCGAGAAGAGCAUGUUGAGGGUCUAUUGCAGAGAAAAGUAAGUGAACUCAGAUCACAAGAGGAAGGAUUGGAGAAAAAGAUGGCUGAUUUUUCUUCUUUGGAGAAACGUUUGGGACAAUGGGAAACUGAACUCAAAUCAAAGGAGGAUCUUUUGCAAAAGAGUGGGGAUGAGCUAAUGGAAAAGUGGAAAUUUUUUGGGAGAAGGGAAAAAAAUCUGGAUUCCAGGGAGGAAAAUGUGGGAGUAAGAGAAAAAUGGCUGGAUUCCAAAGAGAGAAGUUUGGAUAGUAGGAAAAUGGACAUUGAAUCCAAGGAAACUCUUGUGAACAGAAGGGAAGAUGAGCUUAGUUUAGAGGAGGAUGUUUUGGACAACAGAAGAAAUGAAAUUAAUUCCAAAGAACAAACUUUGAGGAGACAGGAAGAUGAGCUUCGGGCUAAUAAGGAAGCACUUGGAAGAAUGAAAACUGAGCUUGAUUCCAGGAUGGAGACUUUAGACCAAAGAGAAGUUGAGCUUGAUUCCAGGAUGGCAAUUUUAGACCAAAGGGAAGUUGAUCUUGAUUCCAGGAUGGUGAUUUUAGACCAAAGGGAAGUUGAUCUUGAUUCCAGAUGUAGAAUCUUGGAAAGCAAGGAUGAUGAGGUUAGUUCCAAGGAGGCAAUUUUGAAGAAAUUGGAAGAUAGGUUGAAUUCAACUAAGGAAGAGAUUGAGAAAAAGGAAAAUGAGCUUUCAGAAAAAGAGAAAUGUGUGGAAACAAGGGAAAUUGAACUAAAUUCGAAGGACAAACUUGUGAAGGAAAGAAAAGAUAAACUCUUUGCGGAGGAGAAGAAUCUGGAAAGAAGGAAAAACGAACUUGACGCCAGAGAGGAGAUAGUUGGUUGCAAGGAAAAUAGGCUCGAUUCCAAAGAGAAAAUGCUGGAGAGAUGGAACAGUGUUCUUGACUCAACAAAUAAUGUUUUAAAGACAAGGGAAGACAAGCUUGCCUUGGCUGAGAAAAUGUUGGAGACAAAAGGGGAUGAACUUAAGUCUAUAGAGAAAGACUUGGAGAAAAGGAAAAAUGAGCUCAAAUCAAAGGAGAAAGAUUUGAAGGCAAGAGAUGAUGAGCUUACUUCAGAGAAGCUAGUUUUGGAGAAGUGGGAAAAUGAGCUUGUCAUGAAAGGGGAAAAUCUCGAGGACUCGAAAAAGGAAGUUGAAGUGUUUAGGGGAAAGGUUAUGAAUCUAUGCUCAGAAUUUGUUUCUCUGAAAAAGCUUCCUAAUCCAUGUAUUGAAGAAUCUGGCUGUCCCAAUCUACCUACUGACAAGAAAAGGAGCAGGAGAAUAUUUGCGAAUCCAACGUUGGAAUUUAGAGGGAGCUGUGCUGCUAGUGCAGAAUCAGAUUGCGUGGAAUUGGAUAUGGAAAGAAAUUGCAGCAGUUCCAAACGUAGUUGCAUUGAAGGAAAAGACAAUGGCGAGUUUAAAGCCGGCGAUCUUGUUAGCGCAAAAGAUUCCAACUCUGUUGAACAAACAUGAUAAAUGAGUGUUGCUGUUAACUCAUGUUCAGCCCCGAUCCUCCUCUUCGCGGACCUUCAAGGAUUUUGUAUGUACUCCAG